AUGGUCUCUACUCUCCACCUCUGCCUCAUGGCCCUGACUCUACUUUUCAACUUCUCCUCCGCAUUCCCCCUCCUCGGUCGCAACAUUCAAUGGUCCUUCACCCUUUUCCCGUCGCCCUCAUGCAAUGGGACUAUCGGUGACCCUCAUGCUGGAUCUGGCAGCACAGGCUGUCGUGCCGACCUCCACAGCGUUGCCUCUGCCUAUACGCUGAACUCUGUCGCCGAAGGUUGUCGCAUCGAGUUGUUCGAUAACACCAUGUGCGACCAGAACGAAUUCUCCGAUAUCGCCAGCCAAGCCAAUGCCACUCAAACUUGUCGCAUGGCUGGAACAAGGCGCCGCUACGGUUCAUACCAAGUCACCUGCGCCUGA